AUGGGUAUCCUCUCUGCUUCCGAUGGCACCUCGGACCCUAUCCUGUCGCGCAUGGUGGCCGAGGAUAAGGUGUCGUGGUACAAGAAGCCCAACCUGAGGAUCCUGUACCUGUGGCUAUUCCUCUGCUGCAUGGGCGUCGAGAUGACCUCGGGCUUCGACUCGCAGUUGAUCAACGUCUUGCAGUUUUCUCCGCCUUUCAAUAAGUACUUUGGGGCAGGAUAUCGAAAUCCCAUCACGGAUCAACCCUCAAUUGAGCCAGGACUCCUGGGGUUCAUUUCUUCUUGCUAUCAGCUUGGCUCCAUCAUUGGCGUUCCCAUCGCCCCUUGGCUCAAUCAGCGCUAUGGGCGACGGUGGUCCAUCAUGUUGGGCUCCCUCAUCAUGUGUGCUGGCUCCAUCCUCCAGGGGUUCUCUCAGCAUGUGGCCAUGUACAUCAUUGCCCGCAUGCUUCUCGGCCUCGGCAUCGUCUUCUGCAUCAUCUCCGGAUCUGCCAUGAUUGGAGAACUCGGAUACCCCAAGGAGCGCCCUGUCUUGACCUCAUUGUUCAAUAGCUCUUACUUUAUUGGCUCCAUUGUUGCUUCAGCUAUUGCGCUGGCGACUGUGGAGAUCAAGAACGACUGGAGUUGGAGGGUGCCGUCGAUCCUCCAGAUAUGCCCGUCCUUGUUGCAGAUCUCAAUCGUUUUCUUGCUGCCAGAGAGCCCGCGUUGGCUUAUCAGCAAGGACCGAGACGACGAGGCGUUUGCCGUCUUGGUCAAAUACCAUGCCGAGGGGGAUGCAGAUUCGGUGCUGGUAAAGGCGGAGAUGGCGCAGAUCAAGUCGACCAUCCAGCUAGAGUUGGCGCACUCUAAACAGUCCUGGAUGGAUAUGGUCGCCACUGCUGGAAUGCGCCGCCGCGUGCUCAUCGCGGCCAUGCUCGGGCUGUUCACUCAGAUGUCGGGCAACACACUGCUUUCAUACUACUCCAACCUCUUGUUCGAGAUGAUGGGAUACACGAGCAGCUACGCCAAGACCAGGAUCAACCUCGCCAACAACUGCUGGGGUUUGAUCAACAGCACUAUCAUUGCCCUGCUUGUUACCCGGUUCAAGCGUCGGCACAUGUUCAUGUGUUCCUCCAUAUGCAUGCUCUUGGUGUUCAUCUCCAUGACCGUUUCCUUUGAGAGACUGAGAUUUGCCAAGGACAACAACAUGACUAAUGGAGCAGCAUCAAUUGCCGCGCUCAUCUUCUACUUUGCCUAUUCACCCACCUACAAUGUCGGGAACAAUGCGCUCACCUAUACUUAUCUCGUGGAGCUCUUCCCCUAUGCCGAACGAAGCCGCGGAAUUGGCGUCGAACAGGUAUUCGGCAAGAUUGGCGGGUUCUUCUCCAACAAUGUCAACCCUAUUGCCCUGACCGCCCUCGACUGGAAGUUCCUCGCCAUCUACUGCGGCUGGAUCACCUUUGAGUUCCUCUUCCAGUUCGUCUUCUACCCCGAGACCCAGGGACGUACUCUGGAAGAACUGGCAUUCUUGUUCGAGGACAAGGCGCUUGCCGACCAGGCCGUUGCCGCCGUCGAGAAGCAAAUCCACGGCGAGGAGAAUGUUGCCACCGCCGUCGAGGAAGAGAGAAAGGUUGUUGUAUAG